AUGAACCGCGGUGCCGGAGGCUCCGGUCGGGCGCCGGGCAGAGGGGGAGAUGGGCGAGGACGCCAGUACCAGACUGGCGGCAUCAAUCGAGGCGGCGGCAGGUUUGCGGGAACAAACCCCUUUGCUCGUCAACGCAAUUUCGUGCAAGGGGAAUCAAGUGGAUCGGCGGCGUGGGACAACCACGGUGAUGACCGUUUCCAAGAAGGUAAUGUUGAUGGUUCUGGAUAUGGGAAUUCUGGGGGCUUUGGCAAUGGUGGUUUUGGAAAUUUCCAUCGUGGUUCGGGAUAUAGUUUCAAUGCCAGGCGGAACUACAAUCAAUAUCAACGUCAGGGAAUCUAUCAGCCUCGUAAUCAGACGAAUGUCGGAGGGUACAGAGCUGUGCAAUCUCGAAAUAAUUUUGCAGCAGGGGCAGAUGGAGUUCGUAGGGAGGGGGGAAUCGAUCAGGACCUCCUCCAGCAAAUUGUUCAAGCUGUGGUAGCAGCAGUUACAGCAGCAUCCAAACCAGUGGUGGAGGGGACCGUACCGGCUGCUACUACAGCCAAUGCCACGACUCAGAUGAAUCCUACUGUGGUGCAAUCUGUUACAGUACAAGCUGGGAAUGGUGCGGUAGAAGAUGGUGCCGCAGCGGCAAAGAAGAAGAAGACGGAGAGCUGUUUCCGUUGCAAGCAACCAGGACAUUUUAUUGAUGAUUGCACAGUACCUAUGUGUGAUAUUUGCGAGUCUGUUAAUCAUGCUACCACUGCGUGUCAUCUUCUUAAUGCUCCAAAACAGACUGUAGCAAUGUAUGGGUAUGCCAAUGAAGCUUUGAUGUUCUUUGAGUUACCAUUUAGAGGUACUUAUAAGCCAAAGGUUGAAAAUGCCAAACUUGCUAAGCUGACUAUUCUGGGAGAUGCAAUGACAAUCUCAGAAAUUGUUGAGCAAUUGAAGUGGAUAGUGCCUUCAGAUAAUUUUCAGUGGGAAGUUAUGCACUUUCAUAAUAAUAUUUACAAGGUGAGAUUCCCUAGCAAAAAUGAGGUGCAAAGAAUGAAGAAAUUUAAGACAUACCCAGUGCCUAACCGUGCAACUGACAUGGAAUUUGAUGAAUGGUCAGCAAUGGAGGAGCCCACUUUUAUGCUACCAGAGGUUUGGGUGAGAGUCACAGGAAUUCCAUCUGAUGUAAGAAAUGACUACAUUGCAUUAUGGGCUCUAGGAUCUCUGUUUGGGAAAACUAUGGAGGUGGACAUGGCAUUCACAAGGAAGAAUAAAGUGCUAAGGAUGAGGAUUGGGUGUAUGGAUGCAUCACUUAUUCCAGAGACCUCUGAUGUGUAUAUAUCUAGAGGUUUUUUCCGCUUAGGUUUUGAGGUGGAAAAUAAGAAUUCAGAUGUUGAGAUAGAUAUGGCUGAAGAUGCUCACAAGGAUGAAAAUGACAAGGAUGAAAAUGGGGGAAAUGAAGAAGAUAGAAGGAAUGAAAACAAUAGAGAUGAGGUCACUCAUAUGGAGGUAGAGCAAACAAUGAAUCCAGGGAUAAAUCAGGGUGGAGUUGGAGAAAAUAGACACAAUACAAAUGUUAAACAUAGUAGUUUGAUGAUGACUUUUGGAACUCUUCCUCCAUCUCCCAUCGAUGUUAGCAUGCCAUGUGUUUUUGCUGUUCCACCUCGUGGGCCUAUGAAUUCAGAGAGGACAGAAAAUUUUUUGAGCCAAAACAGAGGUCAAAUUAUGAAUCUGGAUCAAGUUCUAUCUCAGUCACAAGAUGACAAAACUGGUGCUGAUCUUGAGGAAGAUUUUGUACCGGUUCCUAGGCCAAUCAUUGGGAGCAGCUCAAUCAAAUCCAGAGCUUCGUCCUCGGCUGAUGUGCGGAGCCAAUGGGAACUGACACAGGGGGACAGACCUGCAGCAGUGCCGGCAGCGCCCCUGUCUCCCAUGCGGCAGGGCCUGCUCGAUGCUGUCCCAGUAGAGACGGCGAACCCGUCUCUCGGUGACACGAGGCGGGACAUGGCGGGUAUCGAGGCCGGAUCAUCUGUGAAGCCUCUGCAGCCGCAGGCGAAUGGAUCGUCUGAGCCACAUAAUGGUGAGUUAUGUGAGGAGAUCCGUGAGGAUAUAUCUGAACCCAGUCCGGCCCAAAUUAAAAAGUUUGAUAUGGCACUUGAUGGAGUGGCCAAUAAAGCUCAGAACAUGAUGCCGAAGAGACAAUCUUUGCCGUCCGAGGAGGAGGUAAUUGCUUUUGGUGGUAUUGCUCCUCCUUCGGCUCGCGCGAGUGUACGUCUGCAGUCUAAGGUUGAUGCUGAUGAUGAAGCUAUGGCCAAGGCUAUGAAUUUGCUUCAGCAACAAUCUGCUCCGUUGACAGUUACCACUGGGGACUUCUCUGUACGAAUGCACAUGAAAUGCAAGAGAGAUGGUUUUGAGUGGAAUUUUGUGCCGGUUUAUGGGGCUGCCCAAGACGCACAAAAACCUGAUUUUUUGGCCGAAUUAGUGAGGAUGUGUGACAAUCAAGAUUUACCUAUGAUGGUAGGUGGAGAUUUUAAUAUUAUUAGGAAAAGAGAGGAAAAGAAUAAUUAUAAUUUCAAUGCUAGAUGGCCUUUUAUUUUUAACUCCAUAAUUCAAUCUCUAAACUUAAGGGAAAUUGCUCUCUCAGGAAGACAAUACACAUGGGCCAGUCGAAGAGACAAUCCAACCUAUGAAAAAUUAGAUCGAAUAUUAACCACGGUUGAUUGGGAACAAAAAUUUCCACUAGUAUCAGUAAGAGCUUUAUCCAGGACAGGGUCUGAUUCUGAUCAUACACCUCUCCUAAUUGAUUCUGGAAGGUUGGAUUUAAAGGCCGAAACCAUUCCCUUAUCCCAAGCCGAAAGAGAUACUUUGAAAAAUGCAAAUGAAAAAAUUACUAAGCUAAGGAGGGAUGAAGAGACAAAGUGGGCUCAGAGGGCUAAAGUCAAACAUAUCCAACAAGGGGGGAGUAAUACUAAAUAUUUCCAUCUGAUUGCAAAUGGUAAAAAAAGGAAAAAGAAAAUUUACCAACUUGAACAAGAUGAAGGAACUAUUACUGGGGAUGAAGAUCUAAAAGUAUAUAUUUCAGAAUUUUAUAAAAAACUUUUCGGGGAACCAAUUCCAUCCAAUGUUGAUCUAAUUGAAGACAACAAUCAGGAUAUACCGAAGCUCAGUUUGGUGGAAAAUAAUCUUCUUACUUCUCCUUUUACUAAAAAGGAGGUGCAUGAAGCUAUUUGUCAAAUGGAGCAUAAUAAGGCCCCUGGCCCGGAUGGGUUCCCUGCUGAGUUUUAUCAAAAUUUUUGGGAAGUAAUUAAAGAAGAUCUAAUGGCGCUUUUUGGUCAGUUGCAUAAUGGAGAAUUGUCUCUAUUUAAACUAAACUAUGGCAUCAUUACUUUGCUACCUAAAAAGGAAAAUGCAGUUCAAAUCCAACAAUAUAGACCUAUUUGUUUGCUUAAUGUAAGUUUCAAGGUUUUCACUAAAGUUGGUACAAAUCGUGUGACGGGGAUCGCGUCCAAAGUAAUAAGACCUACGCAAACGGCGUUUAUGCCAGGUAGACAUAUUUUGGAAGGAGUGGUUAUUUUGCAUGAAACUAUUCACGAAAUGCAUACUAAGAAAAUGGAUGGGGUUUUAUUUAAGAUUGAUUUCGAGAAGGCCUAUGACAAGGUCAAAUGGUCAUUUUUGCAACAAACGUUGAGAAUGAAAGGUUUUGCGCCAGAAUGGUGUCGGUUCAUCAAAGAUUUUGUCCAAGAUGGUUGUGUCGCGGUCAAGGUCAAUGAUGAUAUUGGACAUUAUUUUCAAAUAAGAAAGGGUUUGAGACAGGGUGAUCCUUUAUCACCUAUUCUUUUCAACAUUGUUGUGGAUAUGUUGGCUAUUUUGAUUGAGCGAGCUAAGGCAGAUGGCCAAGUAGGAGGCUUAAUUCCUCAUCUUGUUGAUGGGGGUAUCUCCAUAUUACAGUAUGCGGACGAUACGAUUUUGUUUAUGAAGCAUGACGUACAAAAGGCAUUAAAUAUGAAACUUAUUCUUUGCAUAUUUGAACAAUUAUCGGGUUUGAAAAUAAAUUUUCAUAAGAGUGAAUUAUUUUGCUUCGGAAAAGCCAAGAAAGAGGAACAUCAAUAUAAACAUAUUUUUGGAUGUGAGAUGGGCUCUCUACCUUUUAAAUAUUUAGGAGUUCCCAUUCAUUACAAAACUCUUCGAAAUUCAGAUUGGUAUCCGGUAGAAACUCGAUUUGAGGGCAAAUUGGGUUGCUGGAAAGGCAAGCUCCUAUCUUAUGGAGAUAGACUUCUGUUGAUCAAUUCUGUGUUGACAAGUUUACCAAUGUUUAUGUUAUCUUUCCUUCAAAUUCCGAAAGGGGUUUUAAAGAGACUUGAUUUUUAUCGAUCUAGAUUUUUUUGGCAAGGGGAUGAGGAAAAACGAAAAUAUAGAUUAACAAAAUGGAAUAUUAUAUGUAGACCAAAAGAUCAAGGUGGCCUUGGUAUUGAGGUACUGGAAUUAAAAAAUAAAUGUCUUCUAAGUAAAUGGCUUUUUAAAUUGUUGAAUGAAGAAGGAGUUUGGCAGGAGCUAUUACAUAAUAAAUAUCUAUCCCAAAAAACUCUCUCUCAAGUUCAAGUUAAACCAUCCGAUUCUCCUUUCUGGAAGGGGCUAAUGCAAGUGAAAGAUGAUUUCUUUGCACGUGGACACUUUAAGAUAGGUGAUGGUUCAACGGUUAGAUUUUGGGAGGAUAUUUGGUUGGGGGAUAAAACGUUGGCACAACAAUAUCCAUCUCUGUAUCAUAUAGCGCAGCAUAGAAAUGUCUUGGUUGCCGGUUAUCCAUAUGAUAGUCCACUGGGUGCAAAUGUGGGCAUUGGUGCUACCUCAAGACCAGCGGGCGUUUAUGGAUACUGGAUGCAACCAUCUACAGACGGUCGCUCAGGCUAUCUUGUCCCAGGCUGGUUGGUGUCACACUAG